AAAUCCUCUUUUGGCCAAGUCCAGUUACAGAAACAAAAGUAAAAAAGAAAGGAAAAGAGAGUGUAUUGAAUGUGUGUGCAGAAUGCGAAGACAGCAAGGAGAGCAACAGACCCAGAAGAGUCUCCCUACUCCCUACGAUGUAAUGCGUUUACAGAACUGCAAGUCUUUCAAGUUUCGUAGGGGAGAAAUGUAUCCCAGCAUCAGACCGCCAAUUUCCCAAUGUAAUCCCGCCCAGACAAUCGACCUGUUAUCGGACACAAUGGAGGCCAAUGGCUGUGGACCCAUAGAUGCCACAUUGCUGGAUCAAACUAAGGAAAGUCCCUAUGCCGAUAGUAUGUCAAACGGUGGAAAGAUUAAUAGCCAUGUGGAGUUUCCCUGUAGGGAUAAGAAACGCAAACUUCAUGAACAGGUUAUGGGGGAUCCGGAAAUGUCAGAGAAAUGGAGCAAACUGACACCGUAUGAAUUAAUACGAAUGCACAACUGCAAGACGUAUAUUUAUCAGAACUCGGAAACCUAUCCAAAUAUUAGACCGCCAAUAAAUCGUUGUAGUGUGGCCAAGACGGCCGAGGCCUUGGUCGAUGCCCUCGAGGACAAUUGCUGUGGUCGGCCCUUCGAUAUGGAGCAGGAUGAUAUUAUGGAGGUGUGGAAACAAAGUCCGCACAAGAAUACGCUCAGUUUCUACGGCAUUGGCACUGGCAUUCCACAGCCCGAGGCAAUUGUCUUUAAUAAUGUCAUUUCACAGUGUCUCGAUAAGGUCAACAGCCCAAAGCCGAUGAAAGAAGAAAUCCCUAAGCCACAAAAGCCCAAAUUGCCAAAGAAAUCGCAAAUUUGCAAAGGUCUUGUGCUUAAUUGUCCAUUGUUGGCGGCAAAAAUCAGUAAAAUGCCCACUGUACAGCGAAAACUGAAUGCCCGGGAGGCACUGAAAUAUGUGCACUGUCCCCGUUCCGCUAAAAAUUCCGAUAUGCCAUUUAUCGAUGAUGCACCCAAGGUCAAUGCGCAGAAACUAGUUCCAAAAACAAAAACUAGCCCAAAAAACAAAAAGUAUUUUUAUUGCGAUUUACGUUGUGGAAUUCCGGAGAAUAAGUGCACGGAAUUGGAGUGGAUGAAGUACAAAGCAGAUCCCGGUACAUAUGAGAAGGCAUUUAAUAAGGAAUUGCAAGAAAUGGAAGAGAAAACCCAGCCAGAGCCAAGGAAUUAUGACGAACUAUUUGAGGAAUUGAUAACCUGUUUUGAAGUAGACAAAAAUGUAGAUCCCUUGUGUGAGGUUUAUAAAAAGUGCUGUACGAAAUCAACGCAGGACGACGACGAAGAGGAGGGUGGUGCAGGUCAUGGUGGUGCAGGGGGUGGUGGUGGUGCAGGAGGCAAGAAGAAACCUAAGCCCGGUGAGGAUGAAUCCAGUCUGAUAGAUAAGGAUAAGAAAGGAGAUAAAAAUAAGUCCGAUAAGGAUAAGGAUAAAGAUACGGAUAAAGAUAAGGAUAAGGAAAGGGAUACAGAUAAAGAUAAGGAUAAAAACAAGGAUAAGGAUAAAGAUAAGGAUUCAAAUAAAGAUAUAAAUAAAGAUAAGGAUAAAAAUAAGAAUAAGGAUAAGGAUGCAAAUAAAAAUAAGGAUAAGCUGGAUAAGGACGAUGAUGAAUCAUUUAAGUCAGGUGCACAUACGCCUGGUAAGGAAAAGCCUGGAAAAGAUAAAAAUAAAACCGGUACAGAUAACGAUAAAACCGGUAAAGAUGACGAUAAGCCAGUUAAAGAUAAGUUUGGUAACGUUGUAGAUGAUCCGAGUGCAGUCGACUUGACUGGCAAAGAUAAAGGUAAGGAUAAGAAUAAAGGUAAAGAUAAAGAUAAGGACAAGACAAAGCAGUCCGAAAGUGAUAACAACAUAUCUAACGAUAAAAAGAACCAAUGGCCCGGAAGCUUCGAUUCGGGUGAAGAUAAAAACAAAAGCUCCAACAAGGAUAAUGAUAAUAUACCUACCGCCGAGGGUUUACCUUUAGACGAGUUGUCUGCCGAGGAACCCAAGUCGGAUACUGACAAGUCAGGCAGCCAGUAUAAGAAAAAACCGAAACCACCGAAGAAACCAGGUCAUAAAGGCGAUUCGUCAUACAACAAAAACAAAGGCGACAGACCCCUCACAUUCCACAAGCCUCAUCUGCCUAAGCCACCCGUUCUGGAUAUCAAUAAAACGGAUAAAACGGCCGUCGAAAUACCCAAAGAUUGUCCCUGUGAAAUCUGUGAGUUUAUGACACGUCGCGGUCAAGAAUGCGAUACUCCCCUCAUCCGGGAAAUGAAACAGAAGGAGAAACGUCGCAAACUCCUUGAGUAUUACAGGAAAAUGUGCCAUCAUCAGAAUGCCAAGUGUGCUGCUCCAGAAUAUCGAGCUCCAUUACACAAAUGCGAUCCCAUUGUAUGUGACAAUACUUUUUGCACCAAUCCCAAGUUGGCAGAGUACAGUGAUUGCAUGAAUGCAAUGUACGAGCUGCAAAAGCUGUUGGGUCCAAAGCACCGAAUUGUCGACAAUGAACUCAGGUUCAAUCUGGAGGAUCUGAAGCGACGCUUGGGUCGACGCUUCUGUAAGUGUCUUCAGUGAAAUUGGGAGUCUUCAUACCUGUCUCUUUGUUUGAUCUAAGAUCUUCUGUGUUGGUGUAUCAUAAUAUCAAUCAUUUGUUCACAAAUUUCCAUCUCUUUAAGUAU